CCCCUUCACUUCCCAGCCAGGGACACUUCAAGAGGAAAUCGCAUAUAUCCAUUUGGAAGAGAAAAAAGGGCUGUUUCAUCCUGGAAGGAAUGGUUCCAGUAAAACCUGCAGCUAGUUUAUGACUGCAUUUAAUUGUGAAACUUAAUAUUUUACAUUUUGAAUUAAUAUUUUAGUCCAUUUUAAUAAAUGGGAGUUGUCUCUUUGAGGAUUGCACAUAGGACAAAACUUCUAAGCAGGAUCAAUCAGGUUCAUACUCUUCCUCAUGCUCCUUUUACUUUUGUAUUUGGCUCACUAUGAAGAAGAAGGCCUCCUCAUUUCAAUGCUUCAGUGUGAGCAUGUCUCUUCCUGGUGUGAUCAUUUUCUUCAUGACUUUUCAUAUCUUCAAGCGAACAACAGCCCAAUUUAGGGUCAUUGGACCUGAUCAGCCAGUUACUGCCAUUGUGGCACAGGAAACCGUGUUGCCUUGUCACUUGUCCCUCAACACGAGUGUGGAGAACAUGGAAGUGAGGUGGUUUCAAUAUGAGCCUCAGACUUUUGUGCACCUCUACCACAAUGGGAAAGAUCAGUACAGACAGCAGAUGCCAAAGUAUCAUGGAAGGACAGAGCUGCUGAAAGAUGGCCUCAUGGACGGACAUGUUUCCUUGAAGAUUGUCAACACUAGACCGCCGGAUGAGGGGCCAUCUCACUGCUGUGUUACAGACGGGAUCUCUUAUGCAGAAGCCAUACUGGAACUGAGGGUAGCAGAGAAAUCAAGACAGGAGGACAUGGCCAGUUCCCCGCUGUACAUCAUUCACAUUCUAGCUUAUUUCCUUCAGGCAUCUACCCCCACCAGCAGAAAUGUGACUGAGGAGGCCGGCAAUGGACAGAAUUUAACACCACUUUCUGGAACCAGAUCCAAGAGGGAGGACGGCCUGUUUGAAAUAGAAAUCUCUAUCAUUAUAUAUGAACAUUCGCACCGGAACUUGUCCUGUUGGAUCAGAAACAACUUACUCAAUCACGUGAAGGAAUCGGCAAUUUUUAUAUCAGAUCCCUUUUUCCCAAAGGUGAAUCCCUGGAUGGUGGCACUGUGUGUGAUGCUAGUGGUAUUAUUCUGCUUUAUUCUCUUGACUAUAUAUCUCCUCAAGAUAAAGCGUGACCUUCAACAGAAACUUGAGAAGAAUCAUGAGCCAUCCAGGUUGUCUCUGCCAUGGCCUGCACAACUGCAGAUGUCUCUGUGGGAGACCGAGUCCUGCAUUGGCGAAGUGGAGCAGGAGAAAGUGAUUCUGGAUCCAGACACGGCUCAUCCCUAUAUCAUCUUGUCUGAGGAUGGGAAAAGUGUAGGAAGAGGAUCCAGAUGGUAGAAUUGGCCUGUCAACCCUAAGAGAUUUACUACACUUCCCUGUGUGCUGGGCUCUGACUAGACUAAAAUAGACUAGAAAAUGUUGGGAUUUGUAAAUGCCACUAGAACUGGAAACAACCUGCAUUUCACUGUUGCUUUAUGUAAAGUCUUAGUUAAUUUGAAAUGGGGCCAUUGCAAGGACUUACACAUUUGAUUUGGAGAAGCUUUUGUUAUUUUCCCUUUUUUCCUUGUUGUUGUUUAAUUUUUACCGAAUGAUUGGGUGUUCUCACAAUUACAGAAUUUAAAACUAUA